AUGGCGGCGCAGUUCUUCGGGGCUUCUAUGAACGUGAUGACCAGGCUACUGGAGUUGGAUGGCCCUCAUGGGAAAGGAAUGCAUCCAUUUGAAAUUCUGUUUGUCCGCAUGUCUGCAACAACCCUCUGCAGCUUCUUAUACAUGUGGUAUAAAAAAGUUCCCCAGCCGUUUGGUGCUCCCGCAGUUCGAGGCCUCCUUGUCCUGCGCGGAGUGAGCGGCUUUAUUGGUGUCUUUGGGCUCUAUUACUCACUUGGCUAUCUGCCGCUGUCAGAAGCCACGGUGCUGACAUUCCUCGCGCCAAUCCUAACAUGCUAUGUCUGCUCCCUGAUCAUACCCAAUGAAACCUUUAGCCGCAAACAGCAACUAGCCGGCCUCGCUUCCCUCUUCGGCGUUGUCCUCAUCGCCCGCCCGGGAUCACUCUUCUCCAGCGUAUCAGGAUCGUCUCCGGAAGGAAGCCUCUCCUACGGCAACACAACCUUCUCGCCAUCAUCCCUAGCCGCCAGAAACACCACCAACGGGCCCGUCUCAGACCCAGACUCCGACUCCAACCAACACCUCAUCGCCAUCGGCGCCGCCCUCAUGGGCGUCCUCGGCGCAACAUCGGCAUACACCUCCAUCCGCAAAAUCGGCCAACGCGCGCACCCUCUCGUCAGCGUCAACUACUUUUCCACCCUGACCACCAUCAUCUCCACCAUCGCCGUGCUCGUCCUGCCCAACGUCUCCUUCCGCCUUCCCGCCAAUCUUUCCGAGACCCUGCUCCUCUGCGGCCUGGGUGUGUGCGGAUUCUUCCUGCAAUUCCUGCUCACGGCGGGAUUGUCGUAUGUGCCUCCGCCGUCGGUGCUCGGCGGCAAAGUGAGCUCACACGGUUCGCGCGCAACCAACAUGGUAUAUACGCAAAUGCUGUUUGCAUUGUUCUAUGACCGGAUGGUGUGGAACUCGAUGCCGUCGCCGCUGAGUUGGGCGGGGUCGGGGAUUAUCCUGGCAAGUGCGAUAUAUGUUGCCGUUGCGAGGGAUGGGAACGGCCAGAGUGCGAGUGCGAAUGGGAAGAGUGAGGAUGAGGCGGGGGAUUCUGUGGAUGGCGUGUUUUCUGGCGAUGAAGGUGAUCUGGAGAGUGGAAGGGGUCGGGCGAAGAUUGUGUACAGGAAUGAUGGACAUGACGCGGUUGAGGAAGAGAGGAGGAGUUUGCUGCAUGGGCUGGAUGAUGAAGAUGAUGAUGACGGCAGAUGA